AUGUCAUACAUCGAAGUCAUCGAGGAUGGGGGUCCGCCGGGCAUAGCACCUCGUGGGCAGGCCGUCAUUGUAUGCUCGGCCAUCACAGCAGCACUGUCAGGGGUUAUCGUCGGCUUGAGAUUUUUUGCUCGCCUUUCACCGGCGCGACUGUUGGGGAAAGAGGACUGGUGUAUUCUCAUUGCCUGGGUCUGGUCCGUCCUUGAGGCCAUCGGAAUGUGUAUUCAGGUCAGAACAGGAAUGGGGGAACGAUUCUAUACCCUCAGUUUGUAUCAACAACAAACUUUCUUCAAGUGGUCGUAUAUCACCAUCAUCUUUUACAACUGUGGACUGGCGUUUGUAAAAGUUUCAAUACUGCUGCUGUAUUUGCGGGUGCUACGGGACCUUCAAUACCGUAAAGCAUGUUACGUUGCCUUGUGCUUCGUCAUUCUGGUCUCGUUGUGGGCGAUCAUCUCCUCAAUAGUCGCUUGCGUACCCAUCCAGAGGAAUUGGGACUUGAGUGUCCCAGGCCGUUGUAUAGACCGAGGAGCGCAUUGGUUUGGCAAUGCGGGUCUCAAUAUUGCCACCGACUUCACGAUCCUUAUUCUUCCGUUACCAAUUCUCCCAAAAAUAAAGCAGCCCCGCCAGCAGAAGAUUGGCCUCUACUUAAUCUUUGCACUUGGAUUCUUUGUCUGCAUAGUCUCGAUAUUACGCAUACCUUCACUGGUUGCAGCCCAAAACUCGACCGAUCCCACAUAUGACAGUCCGGGAAUAGCCCAAUGGUCUGUCGUCGAGCUAAACACAGCCAUCGUCUGCGCAAGUCUCAUCACACUCAAACCUCUGGCAACCCGUUUUUGCCCUCGAAUUAUGGGGUUACUAGGCUCGGAUAACGGGUUGCAACGUGGAGCUCAGUCUGGGUCCGGAAACGACGCCGCGCCGGCGACUGUAGGGUCGAGAAAAUCGGGUCUUAGGGUACACCAUACAACCAUAUCUGAUGGUAGUAUGAUACAACUUCAUCACGACCCUUUGGGCGCUACGUCUGCGGCCGAGAAUCAGAACUCUCGACAGAGCUUCGUUGAGCCGUCUGACGUGGAACAAGGCUUGAAUCCGAUCAUGGUACAGGAGAGCCCGGCAGCUAAAAAAAGCGAUGUGAUUGAUACCUGA